AUUUCCAGGCACACUAUUUCUCGGAAGCAUGCGUGAAGCCCGACCUGAAACUGGAGGAUACCUGCCGGAGAGACACAAGCAUGUUGUACGUCCUCAUUGUCUGCUGCACGCUCGUCAUGGGCCUGCUCUUUAACAGCUUUACCAUGCGGCCAUUUUUCAGUGCAAGCAUCCGUGAAGCCAUCUCCGACUACGCGCUGCCCUUGGCCGUCCUAUUUUCUACUGUCAUCGGCUCCUUCUUCUUUUCCGCCGUCUUCCCUUAAUCCGUGUCCGCGAGACCCGACUGACGGGCAUCCUGAUGGGCUGCUUCAUCGGCAUGUCCCUGUUCCUCCUGCCUCUGCCGCUCAACUACAUCCCCAAGGCCGUGCUAGAGGGCAUGCUCAUCUUUCUGGCCAUCGUCUCCCUCAAUGGGAACGACUUCAUAGAGAGGCUCACGCUCCUCUUCAAGGAUCAGGCGACGUUCCCGGCCAACUCGACGAUCCGGCAGCUCCCCCUGAGCAUCCUGACCAAGUUCUCGGCCCUUCAGCUGGUCCAGCUGGCGCUCAUCACCUUCCUCAGCUACAGCCCCUUCGUCUACACGCAGAUGUUGUUUCCCAUCAUGAUUAUACUGCUCUUCCCGAUCAGGCAUAUGGUUAUUGUCAAAUUCUUCCGGAAAAAGCAACUAGCGGAACUCGAUGGCGACUGAACGCACAAGUAGCACAGGACACGCUUGCGCUGAUGAGUGGGCUAAAGAAUGCAACAAAAAGCAGACACAGACAUGAUCCCUGUGGAAGAGGAGGAUGAGGAGGAGGAGAGGAGGAGGAAAAGGAGAGGAGGUGGAGGAAAAAUAGCGUUACCAUAUUAUUGAUUCAUCUGACACAAUCUGAUGUUAGUAGUGUCGAGUUAUCGAGUUGUCCCUAAAGCCCGGUUACACGUAACGAUAAAUUGUACAAAAACUGGACGAUCUAGAAUCUAGCGAUCAUACGAUA